AUCUGCGACGGCGGCCGAGUGCGAGUGGGGAGCGCGAGCGCGAGUGAACGGCUAGCGAGUGGCGAGGCGCCUGCGCGGUGUCCGGGCCCCUGAGCCCGCGGCGCUGAGACAGCCGGGACGGACAUGCGCGGGAGGGCGCCGUGGGGCAGCCGCGGCUCCGCUGGGGUAAUGAAAGCCACUGGUUGACUGCAAAUCCCCAGGCUUCACAAGUGUGACGACAUCGCAGAAUAAGGCACCAUGUCAACGGCAGGAGUGGCUGCCCAGGAGAUCAGAGUCCCGUUAAAAACUGGAUUUCUACACGAUGGCCAAGCCCUGGGGAAUCUGAAGGGCUGCUGGGGUGGCCGCAGCGAGUUUGAGAGCGGCUUUUUAAACAUCGACCCACUAACCAUGGCCUACAGCCUGAACUCCACCGCCCAGGAGCACCUCACAGCCUUUGGGCGCGCUUCCAGGUCCGCUCCGUCACCCGGCGGCCCCUUGGCCGAGCGUGGCGCCGCGCCGAGGUCCGGCCUGCCCCCGCUGGUCAUCCCCGCGAGCGAAAGCCCGGGGCAGCAGGACGAGGAGCCGCUGGCGUGCGGCCUGAAGAGGCUGAGCGUGAACGGGCACGGGCACGGGCUGGGCGCCGCCACGCCCCCGCUCACGCCCAGCAGGACCUCGCCGGCGCCCUUCCCGUGCGCGGUCCCGUGCGAGCGCGGCUCGCGGCCGCUGCCGCCGCUGCCCAUCAGCGAAGACCUGUGUCUGGACGAGACGGACUGCGAGGUCGAGUUCCUGACCAGCUCAGACACGGACUUCCUCCUCGAGGCCUGCCCGCCCUCCGACUUCAGGUACAGCGGCCCCGGGCGGCGCAGCUUCCGGGGCUGCGGGCAGAUCAACUACGCCUAUGUCGACCCCCCGGCCCCGGGUGCCGAGCUCAGCGGCCAGGCCCCCGGGCCGGCCGCGGGCGCGCGCAGCUCCAGCCCCUCUCCGCCCCAAGCCCACCGGAGACUGAGGCGGUCCCACUCGGGCCCCGCCGGAUCCUUUAACAAGCCGGCCAUCCGGGUCUCCAGCUACGGGCCCAGAGCCUCCCCCAACUCCGACGACGACAAACCAGAGGUGCCCCCCCGGGUCCCCAUCCCGCCCCGGCCCGCGAAGCCGGACUACAGGAGGUGGUCGGCGGAAGUCACGUCCAGCACCUACAGCGACGAGGACAGGCCCCCCAAGGUCCCUCCGCGAGAGCCUUUGUCCCGGAGCAACUCGCGCACCCCGAGCCCGAAAAGCCUCCCGUCUUACCUCAACGGGGUCAUGCCCCCCACGCAGAGCUUUGCCCCGGACCCCAAGUACGUCAGCAGCAAAGCCCUGCAGAGACAGCACAGCGAGGGAGCCACCAGCAAGGUUCCUUGCAUCCUGCCCAUCAUCGAGAACGGGAGGAAGGUGAGCUCGACGCACUACUACCUGCUACCCGAGAGGCCGCCCUACCUGGACAGGUUCGAGAAGUUUUUCAGGGAGGCAGAAGAAGCGCACGCAAGCACCCCCAUCCAGCCAUUGCCUGUCGACUGCAGUGUCAUUUCCGCCCCGGAGAAGCUGGACUCGAAGCCGAGGAUGGAUCUGGGAGGCCACGGCAAGCGCAAACAUUUUUCCUACGUGGUCUCUCCUUAGCUCUGGGGUCCUGGUUCAGCCGAGGUUCCACGGGAGCAAGCGCUUCUCCAGCAGUUGUGCUGUCUGGUUGAGGUUGGCCGGAAGAUGGUUGGGAUGUGCAGCGGGAGGGAGCUGGACUCUCCGUCUUAACAGAGAGAAGGGCCUGUCGAGCGUCAGGAGGUGCUGGCGUGCUGAGGACCCUGACUGCUGGCGUCCGAGGAAGGUCCCCUCACGUCUGUGGCUGGAAGAUGCGACGCAGAGCGGGAGGAAGAGGGAACUUCUCUGUGUGCGCACGUUAUAUACCUAUAUAUCCACUCGUGGUAUGAUCCUAGGCCCUAGUUGCAAGUUAACCCAUUAGUUACUGUCGUAGAGUAAUAUAUAUUCAGGAUGAUAAGAACUCAAGCUGGAGGAUGGUUCCUAACAGACUGAAAAUUGAGCAAACGGAAGAGACUACAGUAUUGUUUCCAUCAGGAUCAUAAGACAGAUACUUUUGCCUAGAAAGUUUGAAGAUGUCUGGCUCUGAGGCCUGUGAUGUUUUGUUUCCUUUGUUUUUGCAAGCAGGUUUCCACGGAGGGCAGGCCAUGCGUUCUUUCCAUGACUUCACCGGCCUCCUUUAAAAAAACGUCCCAAGACCUAAGGUGCUGUAGGUCCUGCCCUCUGUUUGGUUGAGGGCAGGGAUGGCACCAUGUGUUCACCCGUCGGUAUCUCACUCACCUCUUGGCAGGUGGAAAGGUUAGCAGAGUUAGGACAUCGCUUUCCCUUACGGUGCCUGCCUUGCUCCGCACCCCCCGCCCCCAGCCACUCACCCCUGGCAACGAAUGCCAGGCGGCUAGAGCACAGCGGAAAGCAAACUCUCCGCCAGUGUUGGGAAUGUCAGUGGAAGCAAUAACAAAACAAGGCGUAUGGGAUGGAGAGUAUUUGUGUGGGGAUGUGUGUUGUGGUUUUGUUUGUUUGUUUGAUUUUCGGUCCCCCCCCCCCUUUUUUUAGGCUGUAUUAAUAAACAGAUACAACACAAGCUGGCCUUGUGUUGCUGGUUCCUCUUCAGUA